AGGAAGAUGAUCUGAUAACAGUGUGUUGUUGUUUUUACAGGAUCAUAGUCAGUGCUCCACUGAGACGAAGCACUAAUGAAAAGGCAUCAGGAGCAAUUUACAGCUGCACACUCAAUACAGCAACCUGCACUCUACUGUACCAGCAAGACUCUGAUGAUGCCCGGUUCUUUGGGAUGUCCAUGGCAGUGAGGUCCACUCCUUCACCCGGCCUGACUAGCUGCAGUCCCAGUCUCACUCAUGACUGUGAUGGAAACUCGUACCUGAACGGCAUCUGCUACCACUUCAACAGUCAACUGGACCCCAUCGCUAACGACACGGUCGCUUUCCAAGAGUGCACAAAAGGUGUAGUGAACUUGGUCUUCCUGUUCGACGGCUCUUCCAGCAUGAAAACCAGUGACUUUAACAAGAAUAAAGAGUUCAUCUGGAAUAUUAUAACUCAACUUAAGGACUCAACCAUUCAGUUUGCUGCUGUCCAGUUUUCUGGAGUUCCCCGGAUCGUUUUUGACUUUAAUGAUUACAAAAAUGGCACAGCUAAGAAAAAGCUUGAUGAAGAGGAGCAUAUGAAGGAUCUCACAAACACCCACCAGGCUAUUGACUAUGUACUAGUAAACCUCUUUAAUAAUGUGUUCUCUGGUGCGGAUCCUGAUGCUACAAAAGCCCUGGUCAUUAUUACAGAUAGAACUCCUACUGAUUUUAACACUAAAGAUGUUAUAAAGAGGUGUGAAGACCAACAUAUCACUCGCUUUGUUAUUGGGGUGGGGAAUGUAGACGUACGAAAGCUCAGACAUUUUUCUUCAGAGCCCAAAGAAAAUAACACAUUCCAGAUUGAAGACUACAGUGGACUGGGAGGACUUUUGGAUAAGCUGCAAAAUAAGAUCUACAACAUUGAAGGAAAUCAGAGCGGUGGACACAGGGAACGGACAAAGGAGUUGUCUCAAAGUGGAUUCAGCGCUGUCUAUGAUAAAGAUGUUCUGGUGUUGGGAGCGGUUGGAUCGAAUGAAUGGCGUGGAAUGCUUUAUGAAGUUGGAUCCACAGAGAUAGAAAUCAAAGACCCAAAGCUGAACAACAACUCCUACAUGGGUUACUCCACAGCAGUUGGACAGAAAGGUGAAGUCUCUCUUUUUCUACUAUCUGUUUCACACCACCUCCAUUGCCUUCACCAUGAUAUGAUACUGGAGAAGGAACUGGAGGUGGCUGACUGUGUUCAGGGCCGGUUUGCAGCAACUGUAACAUCUGUAGCAGAUCUGAAUGGAGAUAAGCUGCAGGAUGUAGCUGUUGGAGCACCACUGGAGGACGGUGGCAGAGGAGCUGUUUACAUCUACCUUGGGAACCGCAUCCAUGGUAUACGUCCACAGUACAGCCAGCGAAUCCUGGCUCAGACAAUUUCUGAGCAGCUGCAGCAGUUUGGUGUGGCGAUUGAUGGUGUCAUGGACAUGGAAGCAGACAGACUUACAGAUAUUGUCGUGGGAGCACGAGGGACUGUGAUGCUGUUAAAGGCUCGACCAGUUCUGUCUGUUUCUGCACAACUCAGUUUCUCCCCCUCUGAAAUCAGCCUUGACAACUUUGACUGCUUAGUCCAAACCGAUAACACAAUAGAGGCUGUUAUCCUCAUUGCCUGCUUCAGUGUGGCAGAGAAAACCCAAAGCACAGGUAUGCUAACCUGGAGCGCAGCUAUACAUCAAACUGUCUUCCUGUUUCAGAACUGUGUGAAGGACACAGUGUCUCCUGUGUUCAUCCGGCUGAAUUUCUCCCAGGCUGACCAGCAGCCAAGCAGCUCCAGUGCUGUCCUUAACGCUGACAGCAGAACAACUGCUAAUGUGGAGAUUCCCUUCCAAAGAAACUGUGGGAAUGUGAGCUGUGUGGCAGAUCUAGAGCUGGACUUUGACUUCUUGAGCAGCUCUUUGCUGGUGGUGGAUCAGUCAUAUUUCAUCAUCAUCGUUUCUCUGCUGAAUAAAGGAGAUGAUUCCUUCAACACUAGAGUGGAGCUUCGCCACCCAGAGGGCCUGUUGUUCUCCAAGUUUGACACUAUUAAGGCCAGCAGGAGGACUCUGAGCAGUUGUGGAGAUCGAGACGAUGGUGCUCUGAAUAAAACCACCUGCAGCAUCAGUUUACCAGUGUACCGCAAAGGCACCAGCGCAACAUACCGGGCUACGUUUCGUAUCUCUGGAUCCUACAACUGGAGUGACACGAUGGAGAUGACUCUUGUGGCCAACAGUAGUAACAAUGGUAACCAAACUAACGGAACAGUGACGAAAUCUCUGCCAGUUCAGUUCGCUGUAGAUGUGGCCGUCAGCUUAGAGCAUUCUGUAACCUAUCUGAAUUUCUCUCUGGAAGACAAAGGCCCAAAGCCUGUUGACAUUGUCUAUAUGGUGAUGAAUCAAGGAGUUAAAGGUCUACCUGUUUCAGUAAAGUUCAUGAUGCCAUCUAAGAUUGGGGAGAACUUCAUUCUAGAAAAGCACAUCAUCACUAUACCAGAGAACCUGACAGACUGCAGCUUCAGAAGGAAAAAUGACUCUGCUAGCCUGACAGGCUGUAUUCUCAGAGAGGAAACUGACCCUGCUUUGUGUUUGAAGCAGAAGAGCUGUGUACGGUUUGAGUGUCCGUCCUUCUGCCUGGAGAAAGACUCUGCUGUUAAGUUUGAGCUGAAAGCCCAGCUCACCUUCCUCAACCCUAAGCAGUACACAGGGAGAUUUCGGUUCAGUGAGUUCAGUUUGGAGGACGGGUUCUCAAGCUCUGCUGAGCUGGACUUUGACAAAAGCCUCUACCAUCAGAUGUCUAACGGCCCACAGGACGAUGCCACCAAAUACCACAAAGCACAGGCCACUGUUAAAGCUGAGCUGAUUAUUCCUCCUGAUAUGUAUAUGAUCGUGGGCUCGGGUGCAGGAGGUGGGCUCCUCCUACUCAUCAUCAUCUUUGUGCUGAUGUGGAAGUUGGGGUUCUUUAAGCGUAAGCAUCCACGUGGAGAAGAUGGACAGUACGGAGACGGAGAAUAUCAGAUUGAAGAAAAAGAGAAGGACUUCAGUGAUUCUAAUGGAAAGAGUGAGGAGUCGUCUCCUGAACACGAAGAUAAACUCACCGGCAACGGCUCUGAGAAUGGAGGAACACCAGCAUUAGAAGCAGGGAAAGAAGAAGGUGGAGAGUAAAGAGGCUUUGCUGUGAGAUCAAACCUUCAUUUAGCCUACAACAAUAAUACUGGCAUAGAUAGAACUUCUGCAGGCUCUUUAUGUUCUUUGCAGGCUUGUGUUUGUGGCUGUUUGAUUCAUUUGGAAAGUAAUGUGUUUUAUUCACCUUUUGUCCAUCAACCUCUCCAAAAAAGUUUGACUUUACUGAUACAGUUUAAAAGGGAAUUCCACCAGUUCAUCAACAGCCCAGCAUAAUUAAAUGGUUAAGAUGUAAACAAAGUA